AUGUGUUUCGGUUCAUCCAGUUCAAAAGAGAAAUAUCCACCCCCUCGCCGCGUCGAAUACGGCAAAGACUACAAUCGAUACGUUCGAGAUUAUGACAAAUAUCAAGCCAAGAACCUCGAACACGAUAGGAAACAAGCGAAGCGAAGAUCCCGCAAUACGGCCGCAGUUGUUGCCGCAGUUGGGGCCAGCGGAGGUGGAGGUGGAUGCUAG